AUGGUCUCUGACUUUGUGCGACUGCAUGUAACGCCCUUAAAUCCCGAUCUUCUUCAGGUCGUUGUCGGUCCGCACCUACUCAAGUUGGUCUCCAAUUUGUCCUAUCACUCGAUCCAGACCUUUCCCGAGAACAGUUACGGCUACUUUGACCUCCCUACCAUGGAAGCCGACAAAUUGAAAAAGAAGCUCAACGGGGCAAUAUUGAAAGGCAGAAAAAUUAGAGUGGAAGAGGCCCGGCCGACGAAGCGCAGGCGUGUCGAGGAUUCCAGCAAAGACGACGAUCCCAGCGCGGAGCUGAAGCGAACGAAGCGAAAGAGAUCCAAAGAGCGCAAUGUCAUUCAAGGCCACGAACUCCCCGCGGCCCGCAAAGUGAAACGCGGCUGGACAGAAGCCAAGUCCACCAAGACAAGCAAAAAGAACAAAGGCAAGGCAGCUUCGUCCAGCUCAAAAUAUACCGAUAAAGAUGAGGCGCUUUUUCGAACCAAGGUUCCGCCCAAUAAACUCGACAAUGUAGAAGUGGCGAGGAAGGAGAAGGGCAAACCGAAGAAGAAAGGCACCCAACAAGUGGUGCAUGAGUUUGAGAAGUCUACAAUGCAACCUUCCUUCCUCAAACAAGAUAUUGGGCUAGGUAUCAAAGGAAAUCUACAGUACAUCGAGGGAGAGGGUUGGGUCGACGAACAAGGCCUGGUGGUCGAAAAGGAACACGAGCACGUUUCUAAGCACCGCGAGAUAAUCAAACGACGACCACAGUCGGACCAUGCAGCUGGAAAACGACGACGUCAGUCUCCACCGCCUCUAUCGUCCUCGUCCGCCUCCAGUGAAGACGGUGAUGAAGUCGAGGUGGAUUCGAGCUCUUCAGAUGUUGAGCAAAAGGAGGAUACGAGUAGCUCGGGUUCUUCAUCCGAGUCAGAAUCCGAGGAAGAGGCAGCCAGGAGCGCAUCAGCCCGCGGCACCUCGGAAACUGAUGCGCAAUCAGGGGUGCAUCCGCUGGAGGCUCUCUUCAAGAAGCCGACAGCGCCUGUUCCACAGGAUAUUGCAAAGCCAUCAUUGGAGAUUUCGACGUCAUUCUCCUUCUUUGACUCGGGAAAUCCUGAAGACCUUGCAGAAGAGCCUGUCAUCCCAUUGACGCCGUUCAGCUCUCAGGACAUCCGUUACCGCGGAUUACGGAGCGCUGCCCCUACGCCUGACACCGCCCAUCCUAGCCGGUUCAAUAGCUAUGGCAGUUCUGGACUCCCAGGAGACGAGGAGCCGCAGGGAGACGACGCAGAUCAAGCUAGUGAAGCCGAGUUUGGCGUUAAUUCGGGGUCGCGGGAACAGCCCAAGGAGCGGGCAUCCCGAUCGCAGAGUGAUUUCGAGAAGAAGUUCUGGGAGAAUCGAGCCGAAAACAAUCGGUCUUGGAAGCUGCGGCGCAGGACUGUGCUCAAGGAGAAGCGGCAGCGGGAGAACAAGGCGCGAAGACCCCGGAAUUGGUGA